AGUGACCUUCUCAAGAUGGCGGCCGAGGCCAGGCUCGCCCCGCCUCCCCGCCCGAUAUCCCCUCUCAAGAUGGCGGCGCGGAAGGGCCGACGGCGGUGCGGAGUGCGCCUGCGCGCCGCGGCCCGGAGUGCAGCGAAAUUCCUGGCGGGCGGGGGGAGGAGGAGGAGGGCGGCUCGGAGCCACGGCCGCUCGCCCCUGGCAGGGACCCUGCGUGCUGUGGCGGCGGCCGGCGCGGAGCCAGACCCCCGGGGGGCGCCGUGCGGGCGGGCUGACGGCCACUCGCCGCCUCCUCGGGCGCUCGCAGCACCGGGAGCCGCGCCGUCCCCGGGACUCCCUCCCCGGGCGGAGAGGGGGAGAAUGACGGAGCUCCAGUCCGCCCUGUUACUGCGGAGACAACUGGCAGAGCUCAACAAAAAUCCAGUGGAAGGCUUUUCAGCGGGCUUAAUAGAUGACAAUGAUCUUUAUCGAUGGGAAGUCCUUAUUAUUGGUCCUCCAGAUACACUAUAUGAAGGUGGUGUUUUCAAGGCUCAUCUUACUUUCCCAAAAGACUAUCCACUGAGGCCACCAAAAAUGAAGUUCAUCACAGAAAUCUGGCAUCCGAAUGUUGACAAGAAUGGUGAUGUCUGCAUUUCAAUUCUUCAUGAGCCUGGAGAAGACAAAUAUGGCUAUGAAAAACCUGAGGAACGCUGGCUUCCUAUUCACACAGUGGAAACUAUAAUGAUUAGUGUAAUUUCUAUGCUGGCAGAUCCCAAUGGCGAUUCUCCUGCUAAUGUUGAUGCAGCGAAAGAAUGGAGAGAAGACAGAAAUGGAGAAUUUAAAAGAAAAGUUGCCCGCUGUGUAAGAAAAAGCCAAGAAACUGCUUUUGAGUGACACUUAUUCAGCAGCUAGUAGCUUCACUUUUUUCAGGGUCUCCAAUUGAGAAACAUGGCACUGUUUUUUUCCUGCACUCUACCCACCUAUUGCUGGACUUCUGUUGUUACAAGUUGGCAAACACUGGCUGGAACUGGGCUGCAAUAAAACAUGCCAGUUAUCAAUGCUGACAAGAGCCUAACAAGUGCCAACACAAGAUGAUUACGCAUUUUGAAAUCUAAUGAACUGCUUUAACCUUCAGGAAGAAUUGUAAAGAUGUGUACAUAGCACAACAUGAUCCGGAUAAUAUAUAUACUGUUCAUGUACAUCCACAAAUACACAUUGUACCAAAUAAUGCUGUCUGUAGUUAGGAAUAGAAUCGUGUAAAUUCUAAAGAUUUUAGCAGGUUUUUCUCUCCCUAUUCAUUGUUUCCUAUCAGUUUAAAAAAAAUCGAAACAACAAACAACAACUUGUGAAGCAUGUCAGACUAAAACCAAUUAGGAUUAAAGUCUUUUUUUCCACUUUAAUUUUCCUUUGACCCACUGAGGCUUAAUUAAAAUCUCUUGCUUAUUGAAGUUUAGUAUCUCUUUUGUUUUUUGGAAAUGUGCUCCCUUUUAUUCCCUCAUCAGAACUUAAAAUUUUCCUAAUUAAACCUGAAGGGAUUUGCUAUCAAUUACUUGUGUCUUCUUUUAUGAUGACCUCUGUAGUCUCAAAGGUGCUCUUUUUUCCUUCAACCCUCUUUUUUUUAAAAAAUAAAAAUAAAAUAAACCCAAUUGCACAUGCUUCUUGAAUUGGGUAUAGCAAUAAGACUGGCCAUGGAGCACCCUUGAGCAGCCUGCUGGGUUUUUCCCUUCCAAGGGACUUGAGUGUUUUCAUUUGGAAGUUGAAUUGACUAAGUUAGUCCAAGAUGGGAUGAGCUGCUUUUUUUAUGGGUGACUUUUUUUUUUGCCUUUUGCAUUGCCUGUUUGUGGGGUGGGGUGUGUGAGGGAGACUUGUUUUAUCUCAAGGUUGAUUUCAAGCAUGCGCAUCUGUAGGCUUUCAAAUGACUAACUUCUGGGUUUGGUAUCAAAAAUAGUUUUCUCCUUAUCCCUUUUCUCUCUUCUGUGGCCCUUCAUAUUCUUUGCCUUCUACUUCAGAGUUUCCUCACCUAAUGUACAAAGAAAAUUGCGAUGUAUAUUUUCAUGUAAUUUGAUUUUUGGAAUUCUGUCACCUUCUGUAGUGAGUUCUUCCAAAAUAUAAUUUUUUCCAAUAAUGAUGUGUCAAACUGGCUGUCUUCAGUAUCUCAAUAGGAAGGGGGAGCUGCAGUUGGAAUGCAGCUUACUUGAACAUCUUCAGCAACCUGACAUAAGCAAACUUCUCUUUAACUUGACAUACUGUGUUUAAUCUUGAAAUUAAAAAAAAAACAAACACUUUUUUUUUUCCAGUUGGAACCAUCCUUGUCCCUCCAGUGAGCAAAUAGUAAUCUCAGAGUAUCUGAUACUGGAGUUUCCCAAGCAUGCCUGAAACACCUUUCUACCAAAGAAACUUUAUAGAAGAUUUUGCAACUACCUGACUGUUCUCUGCUCUGUCACAGGUUUGUUUUAUCACAGCUUUUAACAGCAGAGUACUAAUAAAUAAAGAGUUCAGUGUUAAGAAUUAUCUUGUAAGAAGCAUUCAGUACUAAUUUUUCUAGCUGUGGCUGGUCUUCAUUUCAGGUUGCAAUAUGCAUAUACUAAAAGGCAUAGCUGCAGGUUUCUUGUGGGGAGGGCUGAGGUGGGAGAAAGGAGAUGGUUAACAGUGGCAAGAUAGGGUAUGGGACAAAAAGAGCCAUUGCAGUAUAAUAAUUAAGACUUAGAAGUGGAGGCAUUACUUCCUCCUACAGGUAUUUUAGAUAAACAGAUGUGUUUAAUGUUCAUAUUUACAUACUUGCUAACAAAGUAUCUUGAGAAACCAUUAUAUUUGCUUUUAGUUGGAUAGCCUUCUCAUAUAUAGAGAAAUGUGCACAGUAUUUUAGAUCUAUUAGUGCUCAGACACAAUUGCUGAUUCUAGUUCCAUUUUGACUGCUUGUCUAAAACUGUCUGGGAGGAAGUUUCUUGCCCACCAGCUCACUACCCUUUCUCAGUUAUUGAAGAGUUAGGACUAUGCAGGAUCCCAGCAGCAUGGUGCUAUUCUUUCCAUAAACAAAGUAUUGGAAGAAGCUGCUGCUCCUGAAUCGAGUAGUGGAGGGCUACUUCACUGGCUGCCUUUCUACAUUUCCAUAGUGCACCUAAAGAGCUGGCAGUAAUGCAAGACAUUUGUUACAUGCUGCUUACAUCAAGUUGAGUGUUCUAUGCUUUGUCUUGCUGAGUAACAUACAUAGUUCAAAAUUAAUUCAUCUGUAGACUUCACAAAAUAGUUAAAAGCUUUUGUUUUUCUCAUUUAUUCUCUAGAAGAGCUACUUGUGUAUUCCUUUUAGGGUAGGCCUGGAAAUGUUAGUCUUGCACCGGUUGUAUGGAAGAACUGUUCUUUCUAUAGCAGGGUUGCUACUGCUCUUGUAAAUUUGAAUACAAAAGCAGUUGCAUUUGGCUUACCCAAGAUGGUUUGUGAUUCUAUACAAACCAGAUAUUUCAAAUGAAGGAGUGUUAAUGUGAGAUACUGUUAAGAGGUGCAAGAUGCAGGUAUUAUGGAUGAUCAGUGACGUAAUGAAAGAGGCAUAGAAGAUAUUGGGGGCCGAGUGUCUAGUUUGUAGAAAGCUUCUGGUUGGCACAGGAGGGACCUAUUCAACUUUUCUGUGAUCACAGUUGGCUUUUUCUUCCUGGCCCACACAUCAAGGGGAUCUGGCUACGAUGCUGAUUGAUAGGACCAGAAAUUUCUAACUUAGCUCAAGAUACGAACACCAUUGAAGAGAUGCAGUAUGUGCAAGUAGUCCUAGAGUACUUGCUGAACAAUCAAGUAAACGGGCAUUUAAAAUCAUUUUCACUUGUACCAAGAUCUUGCAUUUAGUUUGAUUUAUGUAGACAAUCACAGUACCGGAUGAUAAAUUACUCUUUUCUUAGUUCUCUGGAGACUUGGCUGAGGUUUUGUUCUGUUUUUUAUUCCCAACAAACAGUGGCUUGCUUUCCAGAUAAUACUGCAUCGCUGGGGGAGGGGGUAGGAAAAGCAUGGAAUUUCAAUAAAUAUCGAAGUAUUAUGGCCAUCCUAGUUCCUUUUUAUAUCUCUCCAUGCUGUCCCUUAUGCAUCAGAGAAGACCUCUGUAUAAAUCAGGCUGUUAAGCUAUUACUCUUUUCCUGCUGCUGUGAUGCCUGGAAGAUGCUUACUGAAACUAGAAGAUCAAUAAAUGUGGAAUGUUAA